CCGGGACUAAGUGAACGAAACACCGCACUGGAUUAACACUGGGCCUGGACACACCAGGAUGUCCGCGGAAAACGACACGGCCAGCCAUGAAUCGCCUCCUGCUCCUGCUGAGAGCGGAGGAGGGGGCCUCGAGCGCCAGGGCUCGUCGUCUGUGAAGGGCGGCGAGGAGAAGCCCCUGUCGAGCGCGUGGCAAGCCGCCCUGGGCGCCACAUCUGCCAUGGACAAGGAGAAGCAGGAGCGAAAGCGGGUGGUGCGCAAGAUGCCCAAAGUGAUCGAGAGACCAGUUCGGGCGCUCUUCUGCCUCACCCUACAGAACCCUAUCCGGAAGAUAUGUAUAGACAUAGUAGAGUGGAAACCUUUUGAAUAUCUUAUACUUUUAACCAUUUUUGCAAAUUGUAUAGCCCUUGCUGUAUUUACUCCCUUUCCCUAUGGAGAUUCCAAUUAUAUAAAUGCUUAUCUGGAAAAAAUUGAAUAUGUAUUUUUGGUGAUCUUCACUGCCGAGUGUAUCAUGAAAAUCAUCGCGCAGGGACUCGUCCUUCAUCCUGGUGCUUAUCUGCGGAACACGUGGAAUCUCCUCGAUUUUAUAAUUGUAGUCAUAGGUGUCAUUAGUACAGCUCUUUCCAACCUUAUGAAGGAAGGUUUUGACGUCAAGGCACUAAGAGCAUUCCGUGUAUUGAGGCCUCUCCGAUUAGUGUCUGGUGUUCCAAGUUUACAAGUUGUGCUCAAUUCUAUUUUGAAAGCCAUGAUUCCCCUGCUUCAUAUCGCGCUGCUGGUCAUCUUCGUCAUCAUUAUCUAUGCAAUUAUCGGUUUGGAGUUGUUCUCAGGAAAGAUGCACAAAACCUGUUUCGAUAACGUCACAGGUCAGAUCACGCUGGAUAACCCCCAUCCGUGCGGCGAUUCCGGUUUCCAGUGCAACGCGGACGAGGGGGAGGUGUGCAGGCCGUACUGGGAGGGCCCCAACUACGGCAUCAUCAACUUCGACAACUUCGGCCUGGCCAUGCUCACCGUCUUCCAGUGCGUCACCAACGAGGGAUGGACGAACGUCCUCUACAACGUGAACGAUGCGUGUGGAAACCAGUGGCCUUGGAUUUAUUUUCUUAGUCUUAUCAUUCUCGGAUCAUUUUUCGUUUUAAAUCUUGUUCUCGGUGUGUUGAGUGGAGAGUUUUCCAAAGAGAGAGAAAAAGCAAAAGCUCGUGGUGAUUUUCACAAGUUGAGGGAGAAACAACAAAUAGAGGAAGACCUUAGAGGAUAUUUAGACUGGAUCACACAAGCGGAGGAUAUCGAACCAGAUGAUGCAGCCAAUCAGGAUGAAGAUAGAUUAGAACCUGAAGUUGAUAAAUUGGAAGGGGAAGCUGGCAGCCAGGAGAACAUCUCAACACCAUCUUGGUGGGAGGUCAAAAAGAGACGGUUCGAUCGAUACAACAAAAGGAUACGAAGGGGCUGUAGGAAGCUUGUCAAGUCUCAAGCUUUUUACUGGAUUGUCAUUGUCCUCGUCUUUUUAAAUACCAUUACUUUAGCUUCAGAACAUCAUCAUCAGCCGAAAUGGCUCGAUCAUUUUCAAGAGCAGGCGAACAUCUUCUUUGUGGCCCUCUUCACGAUGGAGAUGUUCCUCAAGAUGUACAGCUUAGGUUUCCAGGGGUACUUCGUGAGUCUCUUCAACAGGUUUGACUGUUUCGUGGUGAUAAGCUCCAUUCUGGAAAUGGUGCUGCUCUACACGGACGUCAUGCCGCCGCUUGGGGUGUCUGUGCUGCGUUGCGUUCGUCUUCUACGUAUCUUCAAGGUCACAAAGUACUGGACUUCCCUGUGCAAUCUUGUUGCGUCUCUCAUCAACUCCGUUAGGUCAAUUGCUAGCUUGUUGCUUUUGCUGUUUCUUUUCAUCGUCAUUUUUGCUCUCUUGGGCAUGCAAGUUUUCGGUGGACGCUUCAACUACAAGGAACUGGAAGAAAAGCCGCGACACAACUUUGACAGCUUCGUCCAGGCUCUGCUCACUGUCUUCCAGAUCCUCACUGGUGAAGAUUGGAAUGAAGUCAUGUACGAUGGCAUCCGGGCGUACGGAGGAGUCAGUUCCUAUGGCGUGAUGGCUUGCAUUUAUUUCAUCAUAUUGUUCAUCUGUGGUAACUAUAUCCUGCUAAACGUCUUCUUGGCUAUCGCUGUGGACAACUUAGCUGAUGCGGACAGCCUGACGGGAGUAGAGAAGGAGGGCGAAGAGGAGGAAGGGGAAGAAGGGGCCGUCCCCGUAGAGGAAGCAGGUGGAGAGCGCGGAAGUCGCGAAGAAAUGGAUGAUGAAAUGUGCAACCGUAACCGCAGGAAGAGCGAAAUGGUCAAGCUGGACGGCGUGCAAAUGAAUCACGUUGGAUUCGCCUCUGAUAAAUUGAAUCAAGUUGAGAUUAGGAUUGACGGAGAUGAGAAAGAAGAGGAAGUUGAGAAGGAGGAAGAUGAGGAAGAAGAAGAAGUAGAGGAGGGAGAAGAGGAAGUAGAAUCCGUCGUUGGCUCAACAGGUGCUAGGCCACGUCGCAUGUCCGAGAUGGAUAUCCCCAACAAAAAAGAACCCAUCCCCAACUAUAGCUCAUUUUUCGUAUUCUCACCAACGAACAAAUUUCGAGUGCUGUGCCAUAAGACUAUCAACCACAACUACUUCGGUAAUAUGGUGUUGGCAUGCAUCUUAAUUAGUAGUGCUAUGCUGGCCGCAGAAGACCCUCUCAGUGCAGAGACACCGCGCAAUCGAAUAUUGAACUAUUUUGACAUCUUUUUUACAUCUGUGUUUACCAUUGAAAUCACGCUGAAGGCAAUCACUUUUGGUCUUAUCCUACACAAAGGCUCCUUUUGUCGGAGUGCUUUUAAUAUUUUAGAUAUACUUGUAGUGUGUGUGUCCCUGAUAUCUUUUGGCUUCGAUAACGGAGCCAUUUCUGUAGUGAAGAUUCUUCGUGUCUUGAGGGUCUUGCGUCCACUUAGAGCUAUUAAUCGUGCCAAAGGUUUAAAACAUGUCGUCCAGUGUGUCAUUGUAGCUGUCAAAACUAUCGGAAACAUCAUGUUAGUGACGUUUUUAUUGAAUUUUAUGUUUGGUGUCAUUGGGGUGCAAUUAUUCAAGGGAAAAUUUUUCGCUUGCAAUGACGGCUCAAAACUGUUUGAAAAGGACUGCCAGGGCCAGUACAUCAUCUACCAAGGUGGUGAUAUCACGAAACCCAUAGCGGAAGAUAGGAAGUGGGAAAGGUACAAGUUCAAUUUUGACGAUGUUGCCAAAGCCAUGCUCACACUUUUUACAGUAUCCACUUUUGAAGGAUGGCCUCAACUGUUAUAUGUGGCCAUCGAUUCCCGUGCUGAAGAUGAGGGGCCUUAUCAUAAUUACCGACCCAUGGUAGCUAUCUUCUUCAUUAUAUAUAUCAUCAUCAUCGCCUUUUUCAUGGUCAACAUUUUCGUAGGUUUUGUCAUCGUCACCUUUCAGAACGAGGGAGAGCAAGAAUACAAAAAUUGCGAGCUGGACAAGAAUCAGAGGAACUGCAUAGAAUUCGCUUUGAAAGCCAAACCUGUCCGAAGGUACAUUCCGAAAGCCAGAAUACAGUACAACAUUUGGUGGUUCGUCACGUCGCAGUACUUUGAGUACACCAUUUUUGUCCUCAUCAUGAUAAACACCCUGACGCUCGCGAUGAAAUUUUAUGGCCAGCCAAAGUUAUACACCGAAACGCUAGACGUUUUAAAUAUUGUUUUCACCACUGUGUUUGCUCUGGAGUUUGUGUUCAAGCUCAUGGCCUUCAAAUUCAAAAACUACUUUGGUGAUGCGUGGAAUGUAUUUGACUUCAUUAUCGUUCUGGGAAGUUUCAUUGAUAUCAUAUAUGGAGAGGUUAAUCCCAACUCCGGCAUCAUCAGCAUCAAUUUCUUCCGUCUCUUUCGUGUCAUGCGGUUGGUAAAGCUUUUAAGCAGAGGCGAAGGGAUACGAACUCUGUUGUGGACCUUUAUCAAAUCUUUCCAAGCUCUUCCGUACGUCGCCCUAUUGAUAGCAAUGCUUUUCUUCAUAUAUGCAGUUAUUGGAAUGCAGGUAUUUGGAAAAAUUGCUCUGGAUCCCGAAACCGAAAUCCAUCGAAACAACAACUUCCAAACUUUCCCUCAAGCAGUCUUGGUGCUUUUCAGAUCUGCCACGGGUGAGGCGUGGCAGGAAAUCAUGAUGGCCUGUGUCAAUGAAGAAACCGUCAAGUGCGACAAACAUUCGGAUGAUAGCGGAAAGCUGUGUGGCACGGACAUUGCGAUUCCAUACUUCAUAUCAUUUUACGUUUUAUGUUCGUUUCUGAUUAUCAAUUUAUUUGUGGCCGUCAUCAUGGACAACUUCGAUUAUUUAACUCGAGAUUGGUCCAUUUUGGGUCCCCACCAUUUAGAUGAAUUCGUCCGACUGUGGUCUGAAUACGAUCCAGAUGCCAAAGGACGAAUCAAACAUCUAGAUGUCGUCACUUUGCUGCGAAAGAUUUCCCCUCCCUUGGGUUUUGGAAAAUUGUGUCCCCAUAGAGUUGCUUGUAAGAGAUUAGUAUCUAUGAACAUGCCGUUGAACAGCGAUGGAACCGUGAAUUUUAAUGCCACAUUAUUUGCGGUAGUACGAACGUCCUUGAAGAUCAAAACGGAAGGUAACAUAGAUGAAGCUAACGAAGAACUUAGAGCUAUAAUAAAGAAAAUAUGGAAGAGGACGAAUCCGAAACUCUUAGAUCAAGUAGUUCCUCCCGCAGCUGACGAAGAUGUUACCGUUGGCAAAUUCUAUGCCACCUUCCUGAUUCAGGACUACUUCAGAAGGUUCAAGAAGAGGAAAGAAGAACGGGAGAAAGCCGUCGGAGAUGGUACUGAGGAAAGCACGGUUGCCUUGCAAGCUGGCCUUCGGACUCUUCACGAAGCUGGUCCCGAAUUACGAAGAGCAAUUUCUGGCAAUUUAGAAGAAGACGAGUUUGAAGAAGGAUCGGACAUUUUGCCGAUGCACAGGAGAAACCAUCCUAUUUUCGGAAACAUCUGGGGCAGAGGAAAGGGCCAGCAGGGUAAAGGAGCGAAUGCCAUGCGAUCCCACGCAAAGAUAUCUCCUGCCAAUGCUCUGAACCUUGCCAGUCCCAACCAUCGCGGAAUGGGCAACCAUUUUGUGCUUACUGGAGACCACGACAUGCAAUCCAGCGCGCCCUCGGACGACUCCUCUGAGGACCGGAGCCGCGCCCACCCUCCGACCCCCCCUCCCAGGCGGUUCCUGCGCCGUGGCGGCUCCUUUCGGCUGCCCUGCAUCCUGAAGCAGGACAGCCACGAGAAGCCCAUCGUCCAGCGACAGGAUUCCGACUCCCCCACUGACUGCGCCCUCAUGAGCCGGAUUGCUGCCUCUCUCAGGUUCGCGCCCCUGCCGGCCAUGGCCGUCGCCGGACUGGCGCCGCCCCCGGACCAGGACCUGAUGCAGUCGCCGAAGCCGGACAGGCAGAACAACCACGUCCCCAUGCACAGAGCUUCCUAUCACGGUCACAGCAAGUAUAUUCCAGAAAUGAAUGGUAUGGAAAUGCAGAAUCAUUUACAACGGCACCCUGAAGAAAGGUUUAUUGGUAGUGCCGAAAACUUAGUCGGACGGGUUCUGCAAGAGCAGGGAUUGGGUCGAUACUGCGACCCCGAGUUCGUGAAAGCCACCCAGCGAGAACUAGCAGAGGCCAUCAACAUGACUCCAGAGGAGCUGGACCGAGCGGCCCACCGGCUGCUCCAGGAGCAGCAAAACCCUACCAGCAACCCUUACCUGUACCAGCCCAUGAGCUCCGAGGAGGACAGCCCGUACCACGUGCCAAAAAACGGUCUUCGCCCGAGCGAAGGCUUUCUCUUGAGCUUACAAGACGAGGACAGGCCUCACAGCCAACAGAACUACCACGGCGAGGCCCAGUGGGACAAUAAGCAGUUUGGAGACACUAGAUUAUAGCAUUUUUUAAAGUACCGUUGUACGUUGAAUGGACAGUUGUUUCAUACCCGUCCUGUUCCGUGUGCGUAUCAGAUGGCGGCAUGCCUCGUAGAGCGUGGACUGUCUCCAAAUCCAUCAUUUCCAGUGCCUUCUAUAACCUUUUUCUGGAGGGAGCGGAGCUGAAAGAUGUUCCUUUCACCCCCCAGUCUGUAUAUUUUUGGUUUGGAUCCCAUUUUUUUUGUCAACACACGUGUUACAUCGUUGGAAAGGAAAGGUGGUCUUGGUACAUAAAACUCCAUUAUUCCUGAUUCAGAAGAUGUUGGUUUAAAGCUGUUUCAAGUUUUGCCUUCGUUUGUGAUCUAC